GCGCACUGCGCCGGGCAUAAAGCGGGCGCGGGCAGAGCGGGCGUGGAGAGCGAGGAUGCGGCCCCCGGCGCUGCUGCUGCUCGCGGCGUUGGGCGGCGCGGGACUGAGCUUGGGCGGCCCGCAGCCGGGGCGCGGGAACCGCUGCGCGCACAUCGUGACGAGGGACGUGAGCUGCGCGGUGCUGGACGGCAGCGAGAGCUUCGUGCAGGCGCAGCCCGGCUGUCCCUGGGGCCCGGCGCCCUGCCCCGCGGCGCGCGUGUACCGCGUGAACUUCAGGCCCAGGUACGUGACCAGGUUCAAGACGGUGACCCAGCUGGAGUGGAGAUGCUGCCCCGGCUUCCAUGGUCCGGACUGCCAGGAGGGCCCCCGGUCCCCCGCUGCUGGCCCGCGCCCCACAUCCGCACGGCGGCGCAACAGCAUGAAGGCCCCAGAUCAUGAGCCCAGCCAGGCGUCCCAGCCCCGGGCCCCUCUGGCCCCGACUCGAGCUGAAGAGCCGAGGCGGGUGGGGGAGAGGAGGCCCAGGCCGCAGGAGCUCCAGGAGCAGCAGAUCCAGGCGCUGGAGGAGAGCGUCCUGCGCCUUACCCGGACCGUGGCGGGCCUGGAGUCCUCCCUGGCGGGCGUCAGCGAGAACCUGCAGCGGGCGGCCCAGGCCCGGGCCCAGGACGACGCUGGCGAGGUGCGCACCACCUGGCCGAGCAGCCCGGCACCCGGCCCUGCCAGCGUCAGGGGCACCGAGAUGGCCUGGCUGCCCGGCGUCCUGCACAGCAAGGAGCCGGGCAUGAAAGACAUCAAGUCGGAGCUGGCCGAGGUCAGGGGUGCCCUGAAGACCAAGAGCGACAAGCUGGAGGAGCUGGCCGGGAAGGUGCAGGGCUACGAGGGACGGCUGCAGCAGCUGCAGGAGGCGGCGCGGGGCCCCACGGCCACCAUGGCCUCGGCCGAGCUGCUGCAGGCCUACGUGGACGGCCGGCUCGAGGCGCUGCGGGCCGAGCUCCUGGAGGGCGUGGACCGCAAGCUGGGCGACCUCAAGGCCACGUGCGAGUACAAGCAGCUGGGGCUGCAGCCACAGUGCGAGGACUACGGCAGCAGCCCGCUGGGCGUCCUGGAGCUGCUCUCGGAGAAGGAGGCCAGCCUGAGACAGGAGCUGGGGGACCUCCGCGCCCGGCUGCAGGACCCCGUGGCCCGGCCCGGCUGCUGCGAUGGGGGGACCAGCGACGGGGGGCCGCAGAUCGAGGCGCUGCACCGGAAGAUCGAGCGGGUGGCAGAGGCCGCCAGGGCGCUGAACGCGCGGCUGGACAACGAGCUAGAGCGCCUGGCUGCGCCGGAGGCGGGCGCGGACUUUGGAGCCCGGUGGGCCGAGCUGGACGCCCGGAUCAACGCGAUGGAGCGCCGCGCGAGGGAGCAGCGGCCCGGCGGCUCGGCCCUCCCUGUCCCCCCGCUGCCCGGAGCCCCGUGCUGCGCCCAGCUCGAAGGCCGGUGGCAGACGCUGCAGGCCAGGAUGCAGGCCGAGCUGGACGCGGUGGCCGGCGGCCUGCGGGGCGUCGGGGAGGGGCUGGGCCAGCAGGUGAGCGCGCUGUGGGGCUGCGUGCAAGGGCUGAACGGCACGCUGCGUGCGCAGGCCGGGGACCUCGCGGGCCUCCAGAGCUCGGUGCGGCAGUUCUACAGCCACGUCUUCCAGGUCCCCUCCGACCCGCGGGGCCUGGUCACCCUUCCGCCGCCGCCGCCAGCCGCCCAGGGCCCGUCCGCAGCGCCGCCCACCCGGAAGAGCCCAAAGGUGCCAGCCGGGCCGGGGGAGGCCCUUACAGCGUCACCCCAGCCCGACCGCGGCCCCGCUUCCCCCGAGGACCAAGGCCCCGCGCUCCCCCCGCAGCUCCCGCAGCCGCCCCCAGCCGCGCGGCCUGGCUGGACUGGGCCCCCGCGGCUGCCCGGCUCCGCGGGCCUCACCACGGAGACGGGCGAGGCCGGGCCGCCAGGCGGGCGGGGAGUGUCGGGCAGGGGCCUGCCGCGGGGCGAGCACGGGCAGACCGGGCCCCGGCCGGUGCCCAGCGCAGAGGGCCACGCGGGCGCCCCAGGGUACCCCCAGGCACCACCUGCAGCCUCCCCAGGGCUCCUGGUGCCUGCCCUGGUGUCGUUCUCGGCUGGGCUCACACAGAACCCGUUCCCCAGCGACGGGGGCGUCAUCCUCUUUAACAAGGUGCUGGUGAACGACGGGAACGUCUACAACCCCAACACUGGCGUCUUCACGGCCCCCUACGACGGGCGCUACCUGCUCUCGGCCACGCUCACCCCUGAGCGUGACGCCUACGUGGAGGCCGUGCUGUCGGUGGCCAACGCCAGCGUGGCGCAGCUGCACACGGCCGGGUACCAGCGCGAGCUCCUGGAGUACCACCGGCCCCCCGGGGCCCUACACCCCUGCGGGGGCCCCGGUGCCUUCCACCUGGUCGUGCACCUCAGGGCGGGUGACGGCGUGAGCGUGGUGCUGACCGGGGGCCGGCUGGCGCACGCGGACUUCGGCGAGGUGUACUCCACCUUCAGCGGCGUCUUCCUGUACCCAGCCCUCGGUGCCCUCUAGGCCAGCGCCCAGGGCCCGGCCUCCAUGUACUCAGCCCGUGAUGGAACGCCGUCUGGGGCCUGCAUCCACUGCGCCCCGGCCCGGCAGAGGACAGGAGCGCGGGCGGCGGACGUGGCCGCCCCACUGUCACUGUGACCGCACAACUGGAAGGCCAGGGGAGCCCGUUCCCCGCUUCCCCCUCGGUCGUCCCCACCCCAGCUCCGGCUGGGGCUCCCUGGAGAGCGACACUGCGUGCAGGAGCAAAGUCCAAACACUGAAGGCUGAGCUGGCCACGGACGCAGCAGGGACUGUGGAUGCAAAAGCUCGCCAGGCACCUUGGAUGACAUGUGCGACUGAAGUGCAAAGACGGGAGUGUCAAUAAAGGUGUAAACCACG